AUGAAGAGGUGGAAAGUGUGUCAGGACCUCAGGUCCAGCCCCUUUCAGGAAGAUGCCUUAACAGAUCAUUACAAAAUACUAGCAAGCCUUGGCCAGGGGGCAUUUGGGGAGGUCAAACUUGCUACCCAUCUCCUCACCCAUACAAAGGUAGCUAUAAAAGUUCUCCCCAAAAGCAAGAAAAGAAACAUGGUCAAAACUGAAAUUGAAAUCAUGAAAUCCCUCGACCACCCCCAUAUCAUUAAACUUUUACACAUAGUUGACACCAACAAAAACAUUUUCAUCGUCCUGGAGCACGCGGUAGGAGGAGAGCUGCUGACGAGAAUUGUGGACUUUGGAUACUUACCCGAGGAGGAGUGCAACAGACUGUUUAGACAGAUGGUUUUAGCUCUCCAGUACUGUCACCAGAGAGGGAUCGUCCAUAGGGAUAUAAAACCAGAAAACAUUUUAUUGGACCACAAAGGAAACGUAAAACUGAGCGAUUUCGGAUUGAGCACCAAGAUAGUUGUGGGUCAGAAGUUAAUAACAUUAUGUGGGACCCUCCCUUACUGUGCUCCAGAACUAUUUGAUUUUAAAGGAUACGAUGGCCAGGCAAUCGACGUCUGGAGCUUGGGAGUUGUUCUCUACUAUAUGGCUACAGGGUGCCUCCCAUUCGAGGGAUUUACCUAUGAAGCAAUAAGGGAGAGAAUCUUGGCAGGAAAGUACUCCAUGAACUUCAGACUCUCACGAGAACUCUGGGAUGUAAUAUCCAAAUUGCUAUCUGUCAACCCUGGGGAAAGGCCAAGAGCCAAUGAAAUUUUAAGAUUUAACUGGCUUAAGAAUGAGAAUGAAGCUUCUCCCAGUUCAUUGGGAGGAAACACUGACAGCCACCCUGACCCCACUAUACUGGUCAUGAUGGGCGACAUGGGGUACGAGCAAGGUCAAAUAAGGGAAAGCUUGAGGGAGCAAAAGUUUGACCAGGUAAUGGCUACUUACUUAAUGCUCAAACAGAAGGCAUGCUCGGAAGACAAGUCCAUCAAAAAGUCUCAUCCCACACAGAGUGCUCAAACUUUGAAAAGCACAGGGUCAUCCAUGGAAAACCAGACAGCUCUGAGUAGGGGAUCCAGUGAGCCUACCCUUACAACCGUCUAUUCGUCCAAUGAAUCAGAAAGUCUUAACAAGGGAAAAAGAACUACAAUGAGGCACACUAUGCCACCUAACUUGAACUGCUUCAACAAAUCAGAAAGUCUUAACAAGGGGAAAAGAACUAUAGUGAGGCACACUAUGCCACCUACCUUGAACUGCCUCAAGAAGAAUACAAGGCCAGUUCCAAGAAACUCCCCACGGCUUCACAAGUCUCUCGACAUGAGGAGUACCUGUGGAAAAACAGAAAGCAGGGACAGCUCGGAAGGUAGCUUGGAAAGAGAUUCUUCAGAUACAUCACUGACAAACUUCUCCUCCCAAUCAUUCAUGAGUGCAUUCAAAUAUGGCUCUACCUAUUCAAAGAGGAAGGCGUUCUUACAGUCUUAUCAUGCCUCCCAGGAAGAAGACCAAUAUAAGAGCACCAUCAUACCGAGUGGAAAGCUUAACACGGCUGUUCCACCAAACUCCCUUCAGGAGGACCAGCUCACGGCACAGCUCCAUAAUGUGCUUACAGCUGGAGCAGUGGACAGCAGGAACUUACAAGAGAAAACACCAACAUUCUCCACCAUGACGACCAAGGGUGAGGGUCCUGCUAUAAAAGAAAGAGAGUCCAUCCCAUCCUCCCCACGUGCUCCUCGGGAACGGCUCCGUGGCAGGAGUCAGACUCCACCCAGGGCCCCCUUUAGAAGGCGAGUCUGGAAGACCUUGAAGAGUGGCUUUCUAAAAGGACUGGGGAGUUUAUGUUGCUGUCUACCGAUCCAAAAGAAGGUACACCCAGCCAGCAAGAGAGUCCCACCUAUGAAGUAG